AAAGGAAGUACCCAUUUGAUACAGACAACCGAGUGACAGGUUCUUGUAAAUAUUUAUCCCUUGCCACAAUGUUGGUUUUUAACGGAUAAUUUCUUUUUUAACGAUAAAAUUUAUUCACCAUGUCUGACUCCGAAGAUGAGGCACCGGAUAAGCAACUGAAAAUCGUCAUUAUUGGAGAUGGUGCCUCCGGAAAGACCUCUCUGGCGACCCGCUACUCACAGGAGCAGUUUGGAAGGAAUUAUAAACAGACUGUGGGCCUGGAUUUCUUCCUAAAGAGGAUUGUCUUACCUGGAAAUGUGCAUGUGGCCUUGCAGGUGUGGGAUAUUGGUGGACAAACCUUGGGAGGAAAAAUGCUAGAAACUUACGUAUAUGGAUCAAGUGGUAUCCUUUUGGUGUAUGACAUCACAAACCUUGCUAGCUUUGAGAAUGUAGAAGAUUGGUAUAGCUGUGCAAAGAAAGUCUUUGGAAAAGACACCAAAAUGCCUCACCUAGCAUUGGUUGGCAAUAAAAUUGACCUUGAACACAUGAGGACAGUUAAGAUGGAUAAACACCAGAAGUUUGCUCAAGAGAGAGGCAUGUCUAGCCAUUUUGUUUCUGCCAAAACAGGGGACAAUGUGAGUUUAUGUUUUCAAAGAGUAGCAGCUGAAAUUCUUGGAAUCAGAUUGACUAAACCAGAAGUAGAGCAACACCAGCGAGUUGUCAAGGCAGAAAUUAUUGACUCAAAACAUGACGCAGCUGCCAAACCGGUACCAAUGACACAGAAGAGCUCGCUAUGUAGUAUACAGUAGCACAUCAGAUAAAGACCAGGGGCAUUAACUCUUACCCAUCUCUUCAGAAUCUCUUGUUAUGAAAUGUAGGUAUAAAAGAUUGGAUCAAACAAAAUUGCUUGAUUUGUGGUGUAUGUUUUGUAUAUUUUUAAUGAUUUAAUUUUCAUAUUUCUUGUUCAAAAAGUUCUACAAGCUAUAUAUCAAAGUUCUUUCGUGUAUUAUACAUAUACAAUGAAUUGAAGGAAAUUGAAUGCACUAUUGUGAUGUGAUCUACUUAAGUCAUAAUCUAUAAGCAGUAAGGAUUUAUAAAUUUACCCCCUUCCAUCUUACAGAUAAAUCUGCUCAAUUUUACAUUAUGAAUGAUGUUUCUAAAAUAGCAAAUUCUUGAUUAAAAUACUGGUAUUAGAUUUUUAUAUACAUGUAAAUCUUUUUUGCAUAAUACAUUAAUUUUAAGAUACGUACAGCUGGCUCUAAGAAUUUGUUUAUAAGGAAAGAAAAACAUCUUAUGAUUGUGAGAUCAAGUUGCUUCAUUAUCAUCAUUUCCUUGUUAUAGUAUUUCAGCUUCUUCUCAAAAAUGAUCAGAUGUACUGUGGUAUAUUUGCAUUGGUAUAAAUGGUCUAAUAGAUGUGGCAAAUGAAAUAGAUGUAUUCUAUUGAUGCCAAAAAUAAAUGUCAUUGUUCACAUAUACAAUGUACAAAAUUAAUUGUUCCGGAUGGCAUUACAAACUCUACUUUUGCUCUGUAUAUUAUGUACAAAGUAUCCCAGUUUGUGGAAGUAUGUACUGAUCUUUUGGUCUAUAUGGGUUUGAAUCUACUGUUUAAAUUCACUAAUGUAUAUUUGUUGAUAAAAAAUUUGUUUUCUUUCCAUCCAAUUUCAAAAUUUAUGUACAUUUAAGAUAAGAUGUCAAUAUCAAUGAAUAGAUGAAAUGACAAAUGAAUUUGGUCUACAAAUGAUAUUCUUCUAUAAGUUUCCUUUGUUAUAUUAUAAGUAGAAUAAGGAAAUACAAACAAUAUAGCAACAAAAAUGUUCAGUAUACCCUGGGUACUAGAGCUUAGAAACUACCAGAGAGAUUAAGGUUGUGUGGGAUAUGUAUGUAGAUAAUGGAGGGAAAUGUGUAGAUAACAGAAUUUUUUGUGUCCCAAAUAAUUCAAUUAAUUGAGCUUCUUAGUAUUAAGUUCUUUGAGAAAACAGUUUUUUUUUGUUUUGAUAUGAUGAUUACUAAACUGGAAUUCAGAUAUAAUCGAGCAAUGGGUUAAAGAUUAGAUUGUACAUGUAUGAAGUGUUGAAAGUAGCUCAUGAUAUCCAAGAAUUUUUUGUUGAAGAAGUAUUGUUUUUAAUUUAAGUAAUGGAGUUGAAUACAACAUAGAGUUGUUCUGAUUUUGCUUCAUUGAUACCAUUCAUGUAUACAUUAUAUUAUUUGCCUUUUUCAUUUCUCAGUUGAUGUUACCAUGCAAUCAUAUAUGUUGUGACCUUUAAUCAUUUGCUCAUAUUCAUGAAUGUUUUAUAGCCUCUUUGACUCAUAUACAUGUAUCUUUAAUGUGUACCCAGAAUAAUGAUGUAUUCGCAGUUCUUGGAUGUGACAUGCAUAAACAGUUCAGUAUUUUUACUACUUAAUUUCUGAUAAGACUGUUAAUAUUGAAUGCAUUCUGUCCACACAUUCUCUUACUGAGUGCACCUGUGUGUUUUCAUAUCAUACUCAUUUUUCUUCUUUAUUUCACUCAUAUCAUACUUAUUUAUUUUCUGUUUAUAUACAUAUAUUCUGAACUGAAACUAAACAGCAAUACAGAAAUGGGUAACACAUGUGUAAACAGUGUGUGAUAUCACAGACAAUUCAGUUCAGAGAUUGUUUAUUUUUGUUGGUUUUUCAAUUUGAAAAUGUUCAUGUCUUUUUGCACUCUGCCUGUAGUUCAAGUGCAAUUUUAUUUUUAAUUUGUGUGUCAUUCUAUUGGUGUUUUAAUUUUCUUUAACUCCAGUAUAUCUGUGUGCCUUCAUUUCAAUUCUUGAAUCAAAUUCAGAUUGACACCUUUUGGAUUUUUACUCCAUAAAUCACUUUGGUCUUUGAACAGUGGAUUUUGGAGAGGAAAAAAGCUAAAUCCUAGUAGUAAAGAUAUGUGAAAAUAAAGACAUUUAUAACAUGCCAUGCAAAUUAAAUCAGUAUUAGUUUCCCUAGCUAGUAUUGUGGUGUUUGGAUACCCCCACCCAUCCAUAAAUUUCCUUCUUCUGAAUUACCUCAGUUGGCUUUCACUUUUAAAAACAAUGUUUAUUUGCAUUUAAUUCUCAAAAUAUUUAUUGCUUUUAUACUCCUUUUUUAAUAGUGAUGUUACCUUUUUUUUCUCUAUGAUUUUAAAAAUAUUCAAGAUAAAAAAAGUGAAGGUAAAGAAAAAAAAAUAUUGUUAACUUUUUUUUCUGUAAUGGUCUUUCAGAUUGAAAUCUUUGCCAAUGGUUAAUGUAAAUCUAGAUAUGAUUUUUUUCAUUAUGAAUCUGAGUUGCUUUUAAUGAUUUUAUCAAAUCAGUGGUUAUUCUUGUUUUUUGAAAUUAUCAGCAGGUUGUGUAAGAACAGUUUUGUUAAGAUAUUGAAACAAACACUCUGUCAGGUGGUUGUUGUACUCAAAUAAAAUGUUGACCUUUA